CACAAGGCAGUUCUCCAAUUCAGAAGGACCUAUAGGCUAAUCAAUAGCCUCUCCGACUACAUAUCCAUUCCCAACACUAGGCACUAAGUCCCUUAAUACGGUGAUCAUGCAGUGAAGUGCUAUUAACACGUUGCCUAAACAACACGAUCCCGUCCGAUUUCAGGGAAACUCCCUAAAGAAGACGAUACCAUGUCAAUACCAAUUUCACGACGUAUAGGAUCGGAGUUGUCGCGUGUAGCAAGAAGGCCCAGACGAACCCUCUGCUUCCUCGAAACCUUAGAGACUCGACAUUCAGCCAACUCCUAUAUUAAAUUCUUGGGUUUUCAGUCCUCACUUCGAGCUGCAUCCACCAGAGUUGUACAAAAAGCACAUCCCGUUCGUCGUCGUCUAGGCCCCUUGCGAGUCCUUGCCGCAGGCAGUGGUCUACUGGCCAUACUACUCUCCGUACUUCAACCCAUUACCAACGAACCUCUCGAAGAGCCCGAAGAUACAAACCUCCCACCACCAAAUUCCACCCCGAACGAUAGCGAUGUCGACGGUCUACCACGUUACCGACUAAUAGAAGUCAAAGAACAUGGCCCGAAAUCCGAACGCCCGUGGGUGAUAUAUGAGGAUAAGGUAUACGACAUAACGGAUUGGAUUCCUGGUCACCCAGGUGGCGAGGUUAUUCUUCGUGCUGCCGGUGGUAGCAUUGAGCCGUAUUGGGACAUCUUCUCUAUUCAUAAGUCCCCUUACGUAAAGGAAAUACUCGAACAAUUCAUCGUUGGAAAAGUCCAUCCAGAUGAUCUCGAGAAUGGACGGCCGCUGCAGGAGCACAUUGAAGAUCCUUUCAUGUUAGACCCUGUAAGAGAUGUAAGGUUGAAGAAGCUCACGGCGAAGCCUUGCAAUGCGGAGACCCCUGGUCAAGAACUAGCUGAAUCGUUCCUAACCCCAAACCAGGUUUUCUAUGUUCGAAACCAUAUGUGGGUUCCAGUUGUAGAAAAAGUCGAAGCAGAGGAUCACAAUAUCACAAUUGAGCUACCCGAUGGCGACAUCAAGACGUAUAGCAUCAAGGACCUUAAGGCUCGUUUCAAACAGCACACCGUUACGGCGGUGCUACAAUGUUCCGGGAACCGACGCAACGAUAUGACCCGUUAUGCGAAGAAAACAAAUGGUUUGCAAUGGACGGUCGGUGCUAUUAGCUGUGCGAAGUGGGAAGGUGUGCGACUGCGAGACGUCCUCGCUGAUGCUGGCUUGUCACUUGAAGAUCCAGGGGAAGACGCGCGGCAUGUUCAGUUCUCGGGUCUAGAAGCGUACGGUGCCAGCAUACCAAUAUCAACAGUCCUUGAUCCUAUGGGUGACGUUCUCCUUGCGUUCAAAAUGAAUGAUGAGCCUCUCCCGCGUGACCAUGGCUUCCCCGUCAGAGUCAUCGUUCCGGGCCACGUAGCAGCAAGAUGUGUCAAGUGGGUAAACAAGAUCGUUGUUAGCGACGAGGAGAGCACUACUACUUGGCAACGCCGGGAUUACAAGUGUUUCGGUCCUAAUGAGGUUAAGCAAGACUGGGACAAAUAUAAAGCGAUCCAAGUAAUGCCCAUCACCAGUGCUAUUACGCGUACGAGAUUACAACAUGCAAAAAAACCUCAAAGCGGUCAAGUCAGCGAAUCAAUAGAAGACUCAGUAAUUCAGAUUGAAGGGUACGCCUACUCGGGCGGCGGACGAGAAAUUCAACGUGUGGAUAUUAGUCUGGACGGCGGAAUGACGUGGGAUCAAGCACAGCUGAUUGACGAUACCAAACUCGAAAGAGGGAAUAAGGCAUGGUGCUGGAAAAGAUGGAAAUACGAAACAGGGCUAUCCGAGGUAGUCAAAAGCUCGAAAGGCGAGUCGAAGGCGACUCUUGUGAUCAAAGCCACGGACGACGCGUAUAACACUCAACCUGAGACCCACAAGAGUAUCUAUAAUCCGAGAGGUAACCUAGCCACAGCCUGGCAUCGGGUGGAUUUUGACUAUGCUACUGCUUUGAAGGAUCAUGGCACAGGCAAGAAUAAGAGGUAAGAGAGGUGCUUGCUCCCACGGUAAUAACCAAG